AUGGUUGAUCCUAUAGACUCAGUUAAUGGAUAAUACUAGAUAAGAUAUUUUUAGUCUAGUAUAGUUGGAGAGUAAGAUCGAGCUGAUUAUCUCGCCUAACCAACAGAUCUGUAAAUAGAGUAGAGUUUCAAGUUUCUAAUAUAUCCAUUGUAAUUUUUCUUGCUUUGUCCAAUAACCUUUAUCCAUGUACUGGUAAGAUUUAAAAUCAUUAGUCCAAACUUCCUCAUUUCCAAGAUAUAGAUCCCAAGAUUGAUUCCAAACUAUUUCGUCUUGAUUGUCAAUUUAUGA